GAGUACAUUUUUUUUCAGAUUAAUGACAGCCGGAUCCCCUGGGUUUUUUAAUGUGCUCCUCUGGCCAACCCCCUUUUCAAAAGUCCUAGACCCGUCCCUAGUGAAAGGUAUCGUAGGUUUAACAUUUCCCCCUGUCCUAUGUAUGGGGACCUAAUACGGAAAUUAUAUAAAAAAUAUUGUAUUGUAUAUGGUAUUUGCAACAAGUAAUUAAGCAUACUCUUUUGGCCAACUGUCUUUUAAUAGUUGAACAUUGCUACAUGUACCUGGUUGUUAGGGCCUACGUCCUUGUCACCAUAUCUCUCUCCUUGGUAUACAAAAAAAAAUCCUAUUUAUUAUCGAAGACAACUGCCAAGACUAAUUGGCCAGUAGGACAACUUAUCAAGAUAUAUUAGUAAUGGAAAAUUGGAAUAAGAAACUUAUUACAGCUGCUCGGUAUGGAAAUGUAAAAGAUCUGAAAAUAUGCCUAGAGAAUAAAGCAGAAAUUGAUUAUCAAGAUGAGUAUGGAGAGACAGCAUUAAUGUAUGCUGCCGAGAGAGGACACCUGGAGGUCUGUAGACUUCUCAUUGAUACAGGAUGUAAGAUCGACAACACAGAUGAGGAUGGAUGGACAGCAUUAAUGUUUGCUGCCAGUAGAGGACACCUGGAGGUCUGUAGACUUCUCAUUGAUACAGGAUGUAAGAUCGACACCACAGCAAGAGACGGAGAAACAGCUUUACACCUGGCUGCUCAGUCUGGACAUCUUCAGGUCACAAGAUAUCUUGUAGAACAAGGAGGUAUCAGUCCCUUGGUUACAACACCUGAGGGUGAAACUCCAUAUGAUCUUGCAGCAUCAAACCUGAAGGAAUAUCCAGAUAUGUAUAAAAGUAACAAAAAAGUAAUGGAAUACUUGCAGAUAGUCAUGUCAGAGAAAUCCUCAAGUACUGCUGGACCAAGGAUGGAAGAUUCUGUCAGAUCUGCCAUGUUAAACAAAUUGCUUGGCAGUGGAAGCUAUGAAUCAUUUGACAUGCGCUGCAUGGUUACCGGGCAAUUCGCAGUUGGGAAAUCAAGUCUGGUCAAGCUUUUAGUAGGGGAUAAUGUUCCAGAAGGGAGACGUCCCACUGAUGGCAUUUCCCUCGUAGAAGGUCGCUGUGGACUUGAUAUUGAGACCAGAAAUUGGAUCAUGAUUGAUCCAGCAACUUACAAUGCCUUGGAUGUUGUAUACAAUAAAGUGUUAAUGACCUCCGUAGAAGAAGAUGAAAGUAAACAAACAAAAACACCAGGAAAACAUGAAUCUGAUGCCAAACCUGUUGAUAGUCAAAAUAAAGAAGAUAAUCGUUCUCAGAAGUCAGAAGUUACCAAGUCAACAGCUUCCCCUGUGAACCUCUCGGGUGAACCCUCUACACAGCCACAAGCAGCCCAAUCUUUCUCACCACAGAUGUCCUCUGGUGAGUCUAAAAAACAGCAAAUGAAGAAGAAAAUGACAACCAAAAUGACCAAAAAUGAAAUACGAAAGAGAAUGGAAAAAGUCCUCAAAAGUGGGAAAUAUAAGAUGAAAGUUGGCAGACUCAUCUUCUGGGACUUUGGUGGACAGUAUGUCUAUUAUACAACGCACCAGACAUUUAUGACUUUCAGGGCUUUGUUUCUAGUAGUUUUUGACGGAAGUAAAGGAUUGAAUGAAGUAGUCCCUGAUGUACUGUGUUUUCCUGGGCAGCACAUGACACCAACCCCAGCAGUCUUCUUACUGCACUGGGUAAACUCAAUCCUAACCUAUUGUAAAGUGGUGUAUGCUGGCAUCCCUAAGAUCUUGUUUGUUGCCACCCAUAAGGACAAGGUACCAGUGGAGGAUGUGGAGACCAGACGUGCACUAUUGUACGGUGAAGUAGAGGAAUUGUUUAAGGACCAUGAGGGACGAAAUCAUCUUGUUCUUGACAAACAAAUAUUUGUCAAUGCAACUGAUAAAGAUGAUCUAGAAAUUGAAGCCCUGAAGAAAGCCAUCACAGAGCUUACUUUCGACCAUCCGUGUUGGGGGGAGAAGAUGCCAAAUGCCUGGGUCCCCCUUGAACUGGAGAUGGCUGAGUUGGUUGCUGCUGGAAAACAAAUCCUGUCAUUGGAAGAAUGUGAAGAAUUAAAUGCAGUCAGCACGGUGUCAGUUCUGGAUUUAGAACAACUUCAUGAUUUCCUUCAUUUCCAGCACUCCCUGGGGAAGAUCAUCUACUUUGAUACCCAGCAGCUCAGAGAUUAUGUCAUAAUCAACCCACUACUCAUGGUGGAGGUUAUGAGGUCCUUUGUGACAGACAAAUUAUUUUGGCCAAAGAAAAGAAGAAUGCAGGAAAUUUUCAGGAGAAUGUCAGACAGUGGGAUAAUAUGCAGAGGAGACCUGUACAACAUUUGGGAACAAAAGGACUUCCGGGCAAUCCUUCCAUACAGGGAGUUUAUAUUCAACAUCCUCAUUCAUUUAGACAUUCUUGCAGAGCAACGUAGGUAUGAUACAGCGACAGGAAGUCGGUUACCAGUAGAGAACUUCUUUGUUCCCUGUAUGGUCACAGAAAGAAAUACCACCAGCUUCAUGGACAAAGAAUGUACACCUGGGAGAGCAAUAUGUUUAGCGUUUGUUUUUAAAGGGACUGUCAUACCACCAGCUUUGCCCAAUCGUCUGAUCAGUGCAUGUCUGAGCAUGUGGACUUUGAAGCAGUAUGAAGGGAGAAAGCUCCUCUUUUCAGGAUUUAUUGUAGUAUCAUUUGACAAGGCACAUGAUAUUGUAGUAUGCGUUGAAGGCAACAAGAUUAUUCUAUAUGUAGUCCAUAAAACCUCUGCUGGACUUAUAGUACCAGAUAUAGCCACUGGAGUUAAGGAAUGCUUGGUUAUUACAAUGGAAAGAAUUUCAGACUUUUAUCAGUCCACGAUCCAUGAAAAACGCAGCCAACAAUUACCUUUCCAUAUUGAAUAUUCAUGUUCCAAGUUAAAAUGCUUCAUCAGUGAAGAAGAAGCUUUGCAGACAAAUGAAUGGGUUUGUGACGAGCAUAACCUAACACAUAGAGCAGGAAACUACACUGUUUGGAACCAAGAUAAGAAGAAGGAACAAUGUGAGGAGAAUUGUCCAGGUCUUAGUGAUGAUGCUUUGAACAACAGACCAAGUGAUAUUGAAUUGUUGCGUUUUUCAAACAACUGUUCUCCAAGCCAAAUGGAUGAAUUAGUAGUACAUCUAGAUAUGUUUGAGAAAUCAGAAAAGAUAAAAAAAAAUUAUCCAACAGAUACAGAGGUUGCAAGUUUUUUGGUAUUAGCAAAAUGGAAAGAGAUAAAACAUGAGUGCAAUUUCAAAGCCUUGGCAGAAGCUCUGAGCAAAAUGGAUAUAUCAACACAUGCUUUGUGCCAAGUAAGAAGAGUCAAAAUAGCAGAAACAGACAUUCCUUUAGAUUAUCUAGAUUGUAUUCCAACAGAUGAGGUUUUGGAUGCAUUAUCAUCACGAAUUGGUCAGGUAUACUUUCAACUUGGUACUGAAGUUGGACUCUCUAUUGCAAACUUGGAAAAUAUUCAGACCAAUGUUCCAAGAGACUUAGAAGCUCAGAAUCGGGAAGUCUUGUUCAAAUGGAGAGAAGACCGAACAGUAACACCUACAAUAAGGGUCCUUGUACAGGCACUAGUAAACAUUGGGAGGGGAGCAUAUUGUUUACAGGAAAUUCUUGAGAAUGUGGAUCUUAAUACCCUCAGACUCUUUGAAGAAGAAAGAGAUAAAGAUAAAGGAGCAAUUAGCAAGAAACAUCAAAGUCGGCAAAAUAUGUCAAAAACAUGUCAAAUUUCUUGAAAUGAGGCACCAGAACAACUAUGUAAUGUGAAGGAAAAGUAAUGAUAGACAAUAACUGAGGUGAAAGCUAUCAAGUUAAAUCAAAACUCAUUAUUUUGAGAUGUAUUAUUGUAAAGAUUUUGAACUUUAAACACACAUCUUAAUCCUCACCGUGGCAGGAACAAUUUCUUUGCAGUGUAGCAAUUUUUUGCAGUUCUUUUAGAUAAGAAGACUACAUACAUCUUGUUUUAUGUAACAUUAACUACUUUUAGUUUCAACUUUGUUUUUCAAUCUAAUCAGCUGUUUUGGUCGAAAGUUAUCGCGGAAAUAGAGACAUAGGGAUUGCUUUUCCAGUGUAAUGACAACAGUGUUUACAAUUGCUAAGUUUUCUGCUUUAGUUAUUUUGAAAGGAACUACUUGUAAUAGAUCAGUGAUAUUUUAUAUGAAGUUGCAUUACUAUCAAAACGUAUCAGAUUGAUGACUAUUUCGAAACCCUGCUCCCUAAGUAAUGGUCCAGUGACUUUAAGUUAAUAACCAAUUUUGAAUGUUAAGUUUUCUGCUUAAGUUAGUUUGAUAGGAACUAUAAACUACUUGUCAUAGAUCAAUGAUGUUUUCUAUAAAGUUGCAUUACUAUCAGUACAUAUCAGUUUGAUGACUUUUUCGUCUCCCUGCCUCUGUAUAUCAUGGUCCUGUGACUUUCAAUUAAUUACCAAUUUUCAAUGUUAAGUUUUCUGCUUGACAGCUUCAGUCAGUUUGAUAGAAACUACUCACAAUACACAACAAUAUAUUCGAUAAAGUUACAUCACUGUCUGUACAUCUCAGUUUGUUGACCAUUUCCAGGCCCUGCCAACUAGUUCAUGGUCCAGCUUCUUUUAUUUAAUUAACAAUGUUGCUGUCCAUCAGAUUGGUUUUUUUUCUGAAUUUUAUGCCAACAGGCGAGACAUAUCUCUGUGUCAACAGUUUCUUUUAAAUGUUCAGCUCUGAUACACUAUAAUAAAUCAGCAAAAGGAGGACUACUUAUCACUUUCAGGUACUCCAAUAUGACCAUUUAUUAAGUAAGACAACAAACUACCCAGCAACAGUUGAUGUAUUUACAGUGUUUACUUUAGACCGUUAUACAGAAUGUGUAGUUUUACAUUACAAAAUGACUACCCUUUUAGAUAUUUUUGUUUUUUUCAAAGAUUCAAAUUUGAAAGGUUUGUGCUGUAUGCUCAGAUUCAGAUAAAGAUAAUUGGUUAAGUGUACUUGUUUAAAGGUCUCCCCUCAUAUAGGACACCAUAAAAAAUGUAAAUUAUAUAUUAUCACCAUUAUAAGAACAUAUUAUUAUUCUCAAACAAGUUAUUUUUUUCAUAGUAUAAAAGUGUUAUUGUAUAUUUGUCAUGUAUAGUAUUACACAUUUUAUAAAGAGUUUUGUAAUUAUCAUGUAUAGUAUUACAAAAAUUUAUAAAGAGUUUUGUAAUAAAAAUUAUCAACAUGUGAA